AUGGAAACCCUUUCAAUUUAUCCGACUCUCGAAUGCUUCGACUUAUCACAGUACACAGUUACGGUGUCGAUGGAUGAAACUCCAUCGAUUGAAACGGAAUCUGUCGAACAGGAUGAUAUGACCAGCAUCACCGAUGACGACACAAAAUCCCCGACUGUACCCGUUGCCACACAACCUGUAUCCAUGGUUCCGAUUCGACUGCCAACUAAAACAGAGGAAUCACGAAUGGUGUGUAAAUCAUGGAGUCGAUGGUUAUUUUCGCAAAUCACCAAUGUGCUUGAAAAGACGCCGGAACACGUGGCGCUGAUUGACGAGAUUGGAGAGCGGCAGUACGUCACUUAUGAGGAACUGAUGAUAGAAGUGAACCGUGUUGCGAAUUUCCUUCUCUAUCAUGGCGUCGUAAAAGGUGCUCGUGUGGCAAUUUGUAUGAGUAACAGCAUUGAAUACAUCUAUUUCGAACUCGCAUUAUUCCUAAUUGGAGCUGUACCAAUACUGCUGAACCCGGGUCACGUUGCAUCUGGACGUUUUCCACGAUUUCAUUGCAGUGCUCUUGUUGUCGAUGGUGAGCACUACGGCCAUGUUAUCCGGUCAAUGAAGAACUUUGUCGGGACAAUGCAGGUAUUCGUUCUGACCCAUGAUCUGGGAAAACUGGCCAUUCCACGGUUCGUAUGGAUUAUUGAUGCUUUUGGCUUCCGCCAAUUCCAUUCCGAGUCUCCAUGGGCCAUCGACCGUGGCGAUAACGACGACGACGUAGUUGCUUUCUCAACAAGUGGCACUACAUCACAGAAAAGCAAGGUGGUUGCCCAUGGCUCUGCAAGUGCACAUCGGCUUUGCACAGAAUACCUUGACAUGCUCAGUGAGCACCUGGCCGAGCGAGUUUCUGAAUCCCGCACACAUCAGCUGGUGACAAGCGGUCUUCACACCGUCGACUCCUGGUCACUUCUGAUGCAUUCACUAACGUCCGAUCGCACAGUGAUCAUCACGGAAACGAGUUCUGAUGUUUGGUCCGUCUCAUCGUUGGAUCGCAUCGCUGAACUUAUUCAGCUCUAUGAUAUUGCGAUGGUCAUCUCACAGGCCCAGUUCUUGAAAAGCUUCCUGAAGUAUGACCUGCACAAAUUGUACGAUAUUUCUUCACUUAAGGUUUUCGCGUUCACCGGUUCGUCGCUGCCUAUGUCCGUGGCAAGGCAGUUCCAAGAGGUCACCGGGGCUUCUGUUAUCCAAACAUAUUCUUCAACGGAAUGCGGACCUAUUUCGUACGAACUGUUCAGUUCCAAUGAGGAUGCGUAUCCAAGUUGCGGAAAAACAUUUGACGGAAUCAAGGUCAAGAUUACCGACAUCGAUGAAGAUGGGAAGGAAGUAUCAGCUGGUGAAUGGGGUCAUAUCAUGCUUCAAUGCCCAGUGAUGUGCUCUCGUUAUCUCGGCGACAAUAUAAAUAGCUCGUGGACUGCUGAUCAAUGGUUCCGCACAGGUGAUAUUGGUAUGCUGGAUGAUCAGAAGCGAUUACACGUGGCAGGUCCAAAUGAUGUACUGCUAAGGAUCAAUGAGAAAACGAUAAUCACGGUUACUCUGGAAAAUACUCUCAUGGCUCAUCCAAGUGUCGAAGACGUUGUGGUGGCGAUAAUGAGCUCACGUAUUGCUGCAGGUGUUGUUCUGCGAGAAGCCAUGGAACUACCGACCGUAGAUGAAUUGAACAACUUCAUUCAAGACCAAAACGUCGAGAUGGGACCACUCUCCAAAAUCGUUCAAGUAGACUUCAUUCCUCGCUCUGAAACUGGGAAACUCAUCCGCUCUGAAGUUCUUUUCCUGUUGGAAUCGGAGGAUGAAGACCGUUCGUUGGAGGGUGUUCAGAAAGUGUAA